GUCUCUCCCUCUCUCGCUCACCUCGUGCUUGCUGUCCCAUAUGCCCAUUUUGUUGCCCGCAGAGGAAUCUCAUUCUACCCACCAUUUCCAGAAUCCCCUCUUCAUCUCUUCUUUCUCCCAAUAUUUUCUGAAAGUCCCCCUUCAGAGCUCAAGGUAGUUUGCACAUUACUUGCUCUAUGGGUCUCAUCCAUGCUUCUUGCAUCACUGGCUCCCAUGUAACAGAAGGAUUGAUGAAGGAUGUUUUUGAGAAGCUACUUUGAAGCAUCAAGGUCGGAAUUUUUUUUUUUUCUCUGUUUCUUUGUUUUCUGUCGAGUUGGCCAGUAACCAUGUCCUCUGCUUCUUGGCUCACAUCCUUGAAAUGUUCAAGCCCUGUUGUUCAUUCCUCAGAUAACACUGCCUUUUCUGUUGCAGUCCACUGGUUGAGAUUCAUCUUACUCUCCCCAUGUCCACAAAGAGUGCUGUUGUCAUCCAUUGAUCUUCUCUUUUUAGUCACCCUCCUUGUGUUCUUGAUCCAAAAGUUUUUUUCCAGGUUAAGCUCCAAUGGCAAUUCUAGCUCCUCCAUUGAUAAGCCUCUUCUUGGAAAUAGCAGGUCCUUCUCCAGAAUUUCCCUCUGGUUCAAAUUGACACUGCUUGUAACAACUGUAUUGGCAAUAGCUUACACAGUACUAUGCAUCUUAGCCUUUAGUGAAGGUAUUUAUUCACCAUGGGGGCUAACAGAAGCUCUCUUUCGGUUAGCUCAAGCAAUAACCCAUGUCUCAAUAACGAUUCUUAUUGUACACGAGAAGAAGUUCGAUGCUGCUGCUCAUCCUAUGCCCCUUCGAAUCUAUUGGGUCACGAGCUUUGUUAUGGUGUCCCUAUUUGCUGCUUCGGCAGUAGCCCGCUUGGUGUCUGUCGCAGUCCUAAACAACUAUAUGAGAAUGGAUGAUGUAGUUUCUUUAGUUAGCUUUCCAAUAUCUGUUUUUCUGUUUAUUGUUGCCAUUCGAGGAUUUUCUGGCAUUAGUAAGGUCAGAGAAACUGAAUCUAGAUUUGAUUCAAGAAGACGAUUGGGUGAAUCCAUUCCCGCUGAGUCCAAUGUGAGUGGUUAUGCUUCAGCUUCUUUGUUCUCUAGAGCUACGUGGCUUUGGUUAAAUCCAUUAGUGAACAAAGGAUACAAAUCCCCUCUCAACAUUGACGAUGUCCCAUCACUUCCACCAGAUUAUCGGGCUGAAAGAAUGUCUGAGUUCUUUGAGUCAAAUUGGCCUAAGCCAGAUGAGAUUUCGAAGCACCCAGUUCGGACAACCUUACUCCGGUGUUUCUGGAAAGACAUUGCUUUUACUGGUUUCCUUGCAAUUGUGCGUUUGGCAGUAAUGUACGUGGGCCCAAUGCUCAUCCAAAGGUUCAUUGAUUUUACGUCUCGGAAGGGAGACUCUCCAUAUGAAGGAUACUAUCUGGUGUUGACCCUCCUAAUUGCAAAAACCAUUGAAGUCCUUAGUGCUCAUCACUUCAAUUUCCAGUCUCAGAAACUUGGGAUGUUGAUCCGAUGCACCCUUAUCACUGCUUUAUACAAAAAAGGGCUCAGAGUAUCAUGUUCUUCCCGGCAGGCUCAUGGGGUUGGACAGAUUGUCAAUUACAUGGCUGUCGAUGCUCAGCAGCUUUCUGAUAUGAUGUUGCAGCUGCAUCCCAUAUGGCUAAUGCCACUGCAAGUUGGUGUUGCUUUAGCCCUUCUUUAUGGCUAUUUGGGUGUCUCAAUGAUUGCGUCAUUGAUUGGAAUUGUGGCAGUUUUUUCAUUUGUUUUUUUGCGGACCCGAAAGAAUAACAUUUUCCAGUAUAACGUGAUGAGGAACCGUGAUUCAAGGAUGAAGGCAAUGAAUGAGAUGAUUAAUAAUAUGCGUGUGAUUAAAUUCCAAGCAUGGGAGGAGCACUUUGGCAAGAGAAUUCAAUCUCUUCGUGGACUAGAGUAUGGAUGGAUUAGCAAAUUCUUAUAUUCUGUCUCCUGCAACAUGGUUGUGCUGUGGAGCACUCCUGUUCUUGUAGCUGCUCUUGCAUUUGCUGCUGCGAUUCUGUUGGGUGUCUCUCUUGAUGCAGGGACUGUGUUCACUGCGAUGACAAUAUUCAGAAUCUUGCAGGAGCCGAUCCGGAACUUUCCACAGGCCUUGAUCUCUAUUUCACAAGCAAUGAUCUCUCUUGGGAGGUUGGAUGGUUACAUGACAAGUGGGGAAUUAGCAGAAGGCGCAGUGAACAGAGAUGCAGGUUGUGCUGGCAAGGUUGCUGUGGAGGUGAAGGGAGGGAAAUUUUCAUGGGACGAUGAGGGGGAUGAGGUAGUCUUGAAAGGUUUGAAUCUAGAGAUCGAGAAAGGAGAGCUUGCUGCAAUUGUUGGAACAGUUGGCUCAGGGAAAUCUUCCUUAUUGGCUUCAAUUCUUGGCGAGAUGUACAAAAUCUCAGGGAAGGUCACUGUUUGUGGGACUACAGCUUAUGUGGCACAAACAUCAUGGAUCCAAAAUGGGACCAUCCAAGAAAAUAUACUAUUUGGUUCACCAAUGAAUAGAGAGAGAUACAAGGAAGUGAUUAGAGUUUGUUGCUUGGAGAGGGACUUGGAAAUUAUGGAAUUUGGAGAUCAAACAGAGAUUGGAGAGCGAGGAAUCAAUCUUAGUGGUGGCCAAAAACAGCGGAUACAACUUGCUAGGGCUGUUUAUCAGGACUGCGAUAUCUAUCUUCUGGAUGAUAUAUUCAGUGCUGUUGAUGCUCACACUGGAUCAGAAAUAUUUAAGGAAUGUGUGAGGGGAGCUCUCAAAGACAAGACCAUUUUACUGGUAACUCAUCAAAUUGACUUCCUGCACAAUGCAAACCUCAUAUUGGUCAUGCGAGAUGGGAUGAUUGUACAAUCUGGAAAGUAUGAAGAGCUUUUAAAAUCUGGAAUGGACUUUGGUGCUCUUGUAGCUGCCCAUGAAACCUCCAUGGAACUUGUAGAAAUGAGCUCUUCUAUGUCUGGUGAGAAUGCCCAACAAACCCCAAAGUCACCCCUGUGCUCUUCAAGCAAAGGGGAGCCCAAUGGUGAAAACAAGUCUCUGGAUCGACUCAAGUCUGACAAGGGCACUUCUGAAAAGGGUACGUCAAAGCUUAUUGAAAAUGAGGAGAGAGAAACUGGUCAUGUCAGUUUCAAUGUGUACAGGCAGUAUUGCACUGAGGCCUUUGGUUGGUGGGGAGCGAUGGCAGUGGUACUGGCAUCUUUAGUGUGGCAGCUGUCUCUGAUGGCAAGUGAUUACUGGCUAGCAUAUGAAACAUCAGAACAUCGUGUUUUUAAUCCCUCUGUGUUUAUUAAUGGCUACUUGAUAAUUUUGGCCAUUUCAUUUGUGUUGGUGAUGGUCAGAGCAUUCCUUGUUACUUUCCUGAGUCUCAAAACAGCCCAGAGUUUCUUCAAUCAACUUCUUUAUAGCAUCUUGCAUGCUCCAAUGUCGUUCUUUGAUACCACUCCUUCAGGAAGAAUUUUAAGUCGGGCGUCAACGGAUCAGGCCAACAUUGAUAUUCUCAUCCCCUUCUUUUUGGCUAUGACAAUUGUAACGUAUUUCUCAUUGCUUGCCAUCAUUGUAAUUACAUGCCAAUAUGCUUGGCCAACAGCAUUCCUUGUCAUUCCAGUGGCUUGGCUGAAUAUUUGGUACCGGGGAUAUUACCUUGCUUCAUCUCGUGAGUUAACUCGCCUUGAUUCAAUCACCAAAGCCCCAAUCAUCCACCAUUUUUCUGAGACCAUAUCUGGUGUAAUGACUAUCCGCUGCUUCAGGAAGCAGAGAAGUUUCUGUCAAGAGAAUAUUGGCAGGGUCAAUGCAAAUUUGAGAAUGGAUUUCCACAACAAUGGAUCAAAUGAGUGGUUGGGGUUUCGCUUAGAACUUCUUGGGAGCUUUUUCCUGUGCGUCGCCACCAUGUUUAUGGUCUUGCUUCCAAGUACUAUUAUCAAGCCAGAGUAUGUUGGUUUGUCUCUUUCCUAUGGCCUGUCCCUCAAUGUUGUGCUGUUUUUCUCCGUAUAUUUGAGUUGCCUUGUUGAGAACCGAAUGGUUUCAGUUGAGAGGAUAAAGCAAUUUACAAACAUCCCGUCUGAAGCUGCUUGGGUGAACCCAAAUUGUCUUCCUUCUUUGGAUUGGCCAAGCCGUGGCAACAUUGAGCUAAAGAGCUUGCAGGUUAGAUAUCGACCAAACACUCCUCUAGUUCUCAAAGGCAUCACUCUUAACAUCCGAGGAGGAGACAAGAUUGGGGUUGUUGGUCGAACGGGGAGUGGAAAAUCAACUCUGAUCCAAGUUUUCUUCAGGCUUAUAGAGCCUUCAGGUGGCAAAAUUACUAUUGAUGGAAUUGAUAUUUGCAAGUUGGGCCUUCAUGAUCUUAGGUCUCGUCUUGGUAUCAUUCCUCAAGAACCUAUCCUUUUUCAAGGAACUGUAAGAAGCAAUAUUGACCCGCUUGGGUUGCAUUCUGAUGAAGCAAUAUGGAAGAGCCUCGAACGCUGCCAGCUUAAAGAUGUUGUUGUUGCAAAACCUGAUAAACUUGAUGCUUUAGUGACUGAUAGUGGGGACAAUUGGAGUGUGGGACAGAGGCAGCUUCUCUGUUUGGGACGGGUCAUGUUGAAGCACAGCCGGAUUUUAUUCAUGGACGAGGCAACAGCUUCUGUUGAUUCCCAAACUGAUGCAGUUAUACAAAAUAUCAUCCGGGAGGACUUCUCAAACUGUACAAUCAUUAGCAUUGCUCACAGAAUACCCACGGUCAUGGACUGUGAUAGGGUAUUGGUUAUAGAUGAUGGAUGGGCAAAAGAGUUUGACAAACCAUCUCAUUUGCUCGAGAGGCCCUCACUUUUUGGGGCCCUGGUGCAGGAGUAUGCUAAUCGGUCAUCUGGAUUAUAAACCUGUAUUAAUCGCUGUUGCACGUGGUGCCUUUGGUUCGACUUUUGGGGAUGCAACAUAUUUUUGCCAGUGGAUAGGAGACCAUGAUUCGCACAUGGGAAUCUUUCCUUUGUACCAUUUUCCCUCAUAUUUUUCUCGAGUGCAUCUCAACUACCAAAAUUUUUAUGCUUUCUGUAUCUGGGUAAAUGUGAGGGAGGAACAUCUGAUAUAUUUCUUGUUUCCGAGUUGUGGAUUGGCCAUCAAGGUGUUCGGGAGAAAAUCUUUGGUGCAGACCGAAGUCCUUUAUGCUUGUUUUUGUAGUCCUUUUGGGAAUUCAGCAACAGUAGAUGAGGUUUCAUUUGGUUCACAAAAUAGAAUGGAAUAGGAGUGCAAUGAAAAAGAGAAUGAAGGUGGAAUGAAUAAAAAAUAUAAAGAAGUCGAGUAAUCAAUUCAACAUGCUCCACAACCUUUUUGUCUAUAAU